AUUUGUGUCUGUGGUCCAUAUUUCAUUUACAAAGUUUUCCAAGUUGAAUUUUAUGCAUUAAUUAUACAGGUGUUAAUACUGUUAGUCGUUAAUUGAUAAUUAAUUAAUACCGCACUAUAAUUAUCGGUAACCUACAUCUAAUUGUUUAUUAGAUCACUGUGUCUGAUAUAUAUAUUUUUGAGCAUUCCGUUUCCUACCUUUAAUCACUUGAAUCAUGCCUCCUGUUGACGUCGAUUCUUCCCCAGUGGAACCCCAAAUUCGAAAUCUUAAUUUAUCAGGGCAUGUUGGGUUUGAUAGUUUACCUGAUCAGCUAGUAUCGAAAAGUGUGCAAAAUGGCUUUGUUUUCAAUAUCAUGUGUAUUGGUGAAACUGGUCUGGGAAAAUCUACAUUGAUGGACUCAUUAUUUAAUACAAAUUUCGAGUCGACUCCUAGUCCACACACCCUACCAACAGUAAAACUGAAAGCACAUACAUAUGAGCUACAAGAAAGUAAUGUGCGAUUGAAGCUCACAAUCUGUGAUACUGUUGGUUAUGGUGAUCAGAUAAACAAAGAAGACAGCUUCAAGGCAGUGGUAGAUUAUAUAGAUGCCCAAUUUGAAAACUAUCUACAAGAAGAAUUGAAAAUUAAAAGAUCACUGUCCAGUUAUCAUGAUUCUCGAAUUCAUGCUUGUUUAUAUUUUAUUUGUCCAACAGGACACGGUCUAAAAUCCAUUGACCUAGUCUGCAUGAAAAAAUUAGACCAGAAAGUUAAUAUUAUUCCAAUAAUCGCGAAGGCUGAUACAAUUUCUAAGACUGAAUUGCAAAAAUUUAAAUCGAAAAUUAUUACUGAAUUGAAGAACAACGGUGUUCAAAUUUACGAGUUUCCAGUGGACGAUGAAACUGUUUCUGAGAUAAAUACAACAAUGAAUUCUCAUAUUCCGUUUGCUGUAGUGGGCAGUACUGAUUUUGUGAAAUUAACUCCUGGCGGUAAAAUAGGGAGAGGUAGGCAGUACCCUUGGGGAACUGUACAGGUGGAAAAUGAGGCGCAUUGUGACUUUGUCAAACUCCGGGAAAUGUUGAUUCGUACAAAUAUGGAGGACAUGCGUGAGAAAACUCACUGCAAGCACUACGAAUUAUAUCGUAAAAAGCAGUUGGAACAAAUGGGCUUCAGUGAUGUGGAUGCUGAUAACAAACCGACCAGUUUUCAGCAAAUAUUUGAGACCAAAAGAUCAAAUCAUCUUCAAGAAUUACAACAGAAAGAGGAUGAAAUGAGACAGAUGUUUGUUGUUAGAGUUAAAGAGAAGGAGGCAGAAUUAAAAGAUGCAGAAAAAGAGCUUCAUAGCAAAUUCGAUAGGUUGAAGAAGGAUCACACAGAGGAGAAGAAGAAAAUCGAUGAAUCCCGUAAGAAACUCGAAGAUGAAAUAGUGGAAUUCAACAGGCGCAAAGCCCAAUAUAUUCAAAUGGCAAGUCAUCACACGCUGACUCUUGGAAAGAGCAAAAAAAAGUAAUUAUGGCGAAGUUUUGGAUAUUAUUUAUGCUCUCAUAUAUAUGUAUUUUUUUAAUUUUUUUAUUCCGUAUAUAUUUAUAAAAGAAGAAAUAUCAUUAAAGAAUUAAAACAGCUAGAAUCAAGUUCCAGUAUGGUUUUGAAAUUGAUCUUAAUUUUGCUUGCUUCAUCUUGUGAACCCACAAAUAUUUGACUACUUCUGAUCUCUUUUAUUUGCUGAGGCUAAUAUUUUCUCGUUGGUAUCAGCAACUCCAUCACCGGUACCUCUGAAUUUGGGUAUCUUUGGAUGUUUAAAUUUUUAUUUCAGCUACUUAGCACUUGUAAUGAUAGUGUUUUUCAGUAUUUUUAUUUAUGAAUUUUUUCAUAGCUCAUCACGAAGUAGUAAUCAGUUGUUUCAUUCGUUAUUUUAUAUUUUGAUAUACUUAACUGGUACUAGAGAAGAUGUUAGAGUUCAGUGAUAAUCGAUGUUUUUUAGAGUUAAAAAAAAACUGACACUUAUAAUUUAUAUAUUUGUUCAGCUCUGAAGUUUACAAAGAUAUAAAUAUUAUACAUAUUAAAAUCUAACCAUUGCAAUAAUUGGUAACUUAUUGUGGUUUAAAAUAGAGUAAAAUUAUAUUUAUCA